CGUCCCAGCGCAGUGACUUCCCGAGUAGAGCUCUCUCGCAGACCAGUUCGUCGCAAACGAGGGCGUCACGAGCAGCGGAGCCACCGCAACCGCCCGGAACCAUGACAUGGCGAAUGGACCCUUCACUAAAAGACGGUUAUCGUGGAAUGAACGUUGAGCGACGAUACUGCUCCGAAGUCCGGAGUCUGAACAACGCCCUCCUCUCGGCUCCCGGCGAUUGGCAGACAGAUGGAAGACGCUGCUUCCCCAUCGUGGCCGAAAUCUCGGUGGGUUGAGGCAGGCGUUUGGCACGGACGCCACAUCAAUCGAUCAUCAAAAGCCGGACAGCACCGACACAACGGGAAGCCGUACGGAGCAAGACCGCUAUGGUGCCCGGGCUGCGCGAAAUCGACUCUUUCUGUGCGAACAUUUCAAUGGCCACCGCCUCCGAUCUCGGUGCGUUCUCGACGAGAGAACUUCUCGAUGCCUGCGCUUGGAAAAGAGCGAGAGCAGUGCAUUCUGGCUGCACUUCAAGGCGGACCGAAAGCUGGUUACAAGUGAUGAGUGGUUCAAUGCGAACAACAACUUCUAGAAAGCCAUGACACUCGCAACUCAAUACGUUAUUACGUUAAACCCCU